CAGGUCAUCAUCAUCUUGAUCAUCAUCAUCAACAUGGCCGCCGCAGACCUCGAACCCCACGCCAGCGCAGUUCAUCCUCGUUCCUACCAAAACGAAAGCUAUCAGCACGGGUUUCUCGGAAUUGUGGGUGACUUACAGAAGCCUGGGGUACUGCAGGAUGUCGUUAUUGAAGUUGAGGACCGGCUGUUUCCCUGCCAUCGGCUUGUUCUGUCCGCGGCCAGCCCCUACUUCAGGGCCAUGUUUACAAGUGACAUGGCGGAAAGUCGGCAGAAGACGGUUUCUUUACAGGGUUUGGAUGCCAACGCUUUUGGGGAGAUCCUGAGUUACAUCUACUCAGGAACUCUCAAUGUGGACAAAGUACAGCCCCUGUAUCAGGCAGCCGACCUCCUCCAACUGGACUAUGUGAGAGACACCUGCAGCAGCUACAUGGACAUGAGUGUGCAGCGCUCCACCUGUGUGGACCUGUACAAGUUUGCUGAUGUCUUCUCUCUGGACAGAGUUCUAAAGCGCAGUCUGCAUUUCAUCUGUAUGCACUUUGAUGAGAUUGCCUCCAGAGAGGAGUUCUGCAGCCUGAGUGUGAAUCAGCUGACUGAGAUCAUCAGCCACGAUGAGCUGGAUGUUAAAGAGGAGACAACGGUGUGGGAGGCUGUGGUGAGAUGGGUGCAGCACAGCAGGGAGGACAGACUACACCACCUACCCAGCAUCCUCCCUCACAUCCGCUUCAACCUGCUGACCUCAGAUGACAUGGCAGCCAUCUUGGAUCACCCCCUGGUCAGGGAGGAUCCUGGGAGAUCUGCCAUGAGGAACGUGGUAAAGGUGACUUCCAACGAGAAGAAGAGAGCGGGGAUGGACACACUGGAAAUGGCCAUGAUUGUUAUUGGCGAUCGUUUUCAUAGGACCAAAGGCAUUGGCAAUGACAUCCUCUAUAUGAAUCCCAGGGCAGGGAAGUACAUCUGGUGCAGGUAUUCUAAGGAGGACCUGCCGAAUCUUAGUCCUAUAGCUGUUGCCAGUGGCAACAGUAUUUACGUCAUGGAGAAUGGAAAUGAAGAUCCAAUAAUAACCAAUGAGUUGGCUGUGUUGGAGUACAGCCAUGCAGGCAAUAUGUGGCAGCGGGCUAAUAUGUCCUCAUUUCGUAGGCCUGACAUACAUGUAACAUACAUAAAUGACCUCGAACAGUUCCAUGAGUUCUUAGUCGAAGUUGAUAAGAUUUUGUAUUACAUUACUGUGGAAAGGUUACCAGACUUUACAUCGGUGCACAUCAGAAAGUACGACAGGCACACAGACCAGUGGCAGAAGUGUUCACCACUGCACCUAAGGAUCAGCAAACCAACAGGGGUAUGGCAAUACUACACGGCUAUACCCUGUGGUUCGCACAUCUAUUUCCUUAUGGACUCAGUAAUGCAUCGCUACGAGCCGAUCCAUGACUGUUGGUGUGAGCGGACCCCACUCCAGGAACUCGAGUGGUAUGGAAUCGAGACAGCAGUUGCCAUAGGAACAGAGAUCUUCUGCACAGACACAGAGGUCAGCAGGACUGUUGUGUACAACACAGUGUCUGACAGCUGGCAGGAACUGCAAGGCUUGCCAAACCGAGACCCAGAUGCUGACAUUAACGACUACGUAUACACAGUUCUUUUUGUACUGGAGAACCAGCUGCAUGUAUUGGUUAAAGUAUCAAAGGAACCCUUACAACCGUCAAACGAUGCUGCGUAUAUGUAUGACAGGGCCACUGAUAACGAUACUGUGUAUGUGUAUGACAGGUCUACUGAUACCUGGAGGGACUUGGAGGCCAACGUGCCUUGCGGAGAUUAUUCAACACAGGGUGGGCUCUGCCCAGUGGCACGUAUGUACCUACCAUGCCUUACUGCAAAGGCUAUAGGUGCACAUGGGCACUGACUUGAGUACAGCAUGCCCUUAGGAAAUGACUGAUAUGUGGUUGUUUUAAUAAGCCCUUUUUUGACAGAUCAAACUGCACAUGCGGGGGUCAAAGGUUUUUUUUUCCUGAUUUGGCAAGAGUUCUUGUCUCAACUAUGCUUUAGAAAUGUUCAGAUUAUCUUCUUUCAAAUCAAGCCCAGAUUCAUAAUGAUGAAUAUUCUGGCUUGAUACUGUGUCUUACUGAAAAGGCUAUAGGUACACAAGGGUACUGACUUCAGUACAGCAUGCAUUUAAGAGACAACUAUCUCUAAAGCUAUCAACUUCUAGUAUGUGAUAGGUAUCACUAUAUUUUUGUAAUGAUAGUUUAUGUAGAAAUGUAUGUAUAUAGAUAUCACUGGAUAGAUAUCAUUCCAGCUCUUACAUGAUCCUUUUUGUCUUGCAUCUUAAGUUGGUCAAUAUGUAGGGACACCUGUUCAUGGCUAUGGCCCUGGGAUAGGUAUCACUAUAUUUUUGUAAUGAUAGUUUAUGUAGAAAUGUAUGCAUAUAGAUAUCACUGGAUUGACAUAACUAUUGAGCAUAAUUGAUAUUGCUGAAGCUGACAUUCCAGAUCUUACAUCAUACGUUUUGUCUUUUUUGUUGAGUUUGUUAUGAAGAAGGGACACCUUGUUCAUGACUGAUUUGAUGUUCUGUGCCUUAGGUUUAGGUGCCUUAGGUUUAGGUGCCUUAGGUUCAGGUGCCUUAGGUUUAGGUGCCUUAGGUUUAGGUGCCUUAGGUUUUGGUGCCUUAGGUUUAGGUGCCUUAGGUUUAGGUGCCUUAGGUUCAGGUGCCUUAGGUUUUGGUGCCUUAGGUUUAGGUGCCUUAGGUUUAGGUGCCUUAGGUUCAGGUGCCUUAGGUUUUGGUGCCUUAGGUUUAGGUGCACUUUUAGGUUCUAUAAAUAAGGCCAUGUUGAUUCGAUUAUGUGUUUCACAUCCAUGCGGGCUUCAUUUUUCAUCUGUUUUGCAAAAAAAAAUGUUUUCGGACAUACUGUAAGUUGUACAAAGCAGCUGCAAAAUGAAAAGUAGAGAUCAGUCUUUAAGAAGAAUGUAACGUUAAUUGUUUUAUUUCAAAGUCAUCAUCUUAUCAAAAAUAUACAUUCAACUAUCUGCAUAGUCAUCACAUGCAUGCCAUGUUUGCCAAGUCUUUUUCUUCUGCAGUAAAAUUUUCUACAAGCUUUCCCAUUAUUGUCUAUAUUAAAGUGUAAGGAAAAAUAGAAAAUCAAUAUUCACCAUAUAGUCAAUCAUGGCCUCACGUCGGGCAUAUUGUACUAGUCAUUAUUGCGGCUUUCUGUAGCCUAAUGUUAAUAUAACAUUGUCUCAAUGUAUGAAUCACCUUUGAAAAUAGGAGUAACGUUACAUGUAACAGUUUACUUGUUAGUACUAUGUCUACUUUAAGAAACACCAACAUUAUUCUAAUACUGUAAACAGCGUCUCAUUUUCCAUUUUGAGUGAGAUGUUUUCUUGACUCGAAAGAAAUAAAGUUUCAUGCAGUCUUUGGU